AACACGUACCCGCAUGUGAUCAUUCUGUGGGGGAUGCCCGGGAGGCAGGUUGCGGAGUUCCUGCGGGUCGUGCUGACGGACCCGCGCACGUCGUCGGCGUACAUCAUGACGUGCUUCCCGCUGCAGAAGAUCGCGUUUCAGGUGUACUACGACCUUGCGAUGGCCGGGAAGCUGACGCCUGUGGACGGACAGCUCAUGUCGAGCGCCACAUCCUUUCCGCUGACACAGCCAAACACAACGCACAUUCCAGCGUUCCGUGCCGAGAUGGGGAAGUACAUGGAGCAGACCGGCCGCGUCGACGCGAGCCUGUGGGCUGACGAGGCAAAGGCUGUGCGGGAGUACGGCCCUUGGGGGCAUGAGCCACCGUCGUCGGACUCUGCCGCGGACGUGAGGAGGUUCUUCAACGAGCACCCGAACGCAGCGAACCUGAUGCUGACUGGAUGGCUUACGGGCAAAGUGAUUCAGUUGACGCUGGUGCAGGCAAGAUGGAUGCAGAGUUCGAAGACGUAUAGGUCGGGGUUGUUUGAGCAGAUGCGCUACAUAAUUGGCGGGGACUAUGUGCUUGGCGACUACGGCGCUCCCUGCAACCCCGUUGCCGCGUUUCUCGGUGCUGUGUGCUACUGCAACCAGGGCGGGCGUGCGGCAAUUGUUUCGAAGCUUGACAGCGCUGUGUGGAACACCAUUGAGGAGUCCGGCUUCAACUACGUGCAGAAGGACUGCUACUCUACCCACACGAGCUUGCCGCGGCCACUGCACUUUCUGACGCUGGUCUUCACGGACGAUGCUGCUCUUACAAGUACUGCCUUAAAUUUCAGGAAUGCCAUAGCCGCAUUUCUGAAGAUCGUCAGGUUCGAGACGCGUCCUCUGACCUUUUCCUAUUUGAACGUCCAGCGGACUACCGCACAGGCGCUGCUGGAUCAUCAACUGCUGAACUACACGGCGGACGUUGUAGCGGGAGCGAUAACGAAGGGCAUGAGGGUUGAUGGCUACUUGGUCCCUGCCCCCGUCUACCCCCGGCCACAUCUAGUGGAGCCGAUGCGGAACUACGUGUACCUGAUGCCAACGCUGGAGCAGCAGAUGUUCCUGCUGUACGAGAACCUUGCGACUCUGAGGCGUGUGACGUCGAUCGGCUCUGGCGUGCGUGUGGUUCUGCAUGGCUACGCCGAUGAUGAGGCGUCGAGCAUCACUGCUGUGCUGUACAGGUCUGCUGCGACGUUCAACUAUAACAACCCCUCUGUGGUCAUGGUGCCCUCCACGAAGACUGUGGGGAGUGCGCUUGUUCGCAGGCAGAUCAACUUUGUGCUCGCGGUGACGGCUGCGGAUGUCGCCGACGUUGUGGACUUUCUGAUCGCGGACAAGUCUGCGAUUGUCGUGGUGGUCUUCGAUGACUUGGCGCUUCAUUACACCGCGCUUGUCACUGCCCUCUCGUCGACGCCAGCGUCUGUGCAGGCGCGUGUGAUCACGUUCACUAACCUGCCGCUCUGGAGCGAUACCUCCGAGAAGGUUUAUCUCGAUUUUCCGCUGAUGCAGGUGUUCCACUAUGCAAUGAAGGUUCCAAGCAACUACACACCGUCUUCCCUGAUGAAUAUUAUGACGGUGUUGCUCGCCAUAGAGUUAGCCUCUAUGACACCAGAGCCGAACAGUGCGGCGAUGGUUGACGCGCUGUACCGCAACGGUGUCAUGUUCACCGAGGGUAUGGCCUUUGGCCCCUUUAAUUGGGGCUGCAAAGUGACGUCCAGCGGCAGGGUCUGCUUGCAACACAACUACGGCGCGCAGAGCAUUGUGAUGCUCUCCGUGCAGAGGAUGCUGGACCCGCGGGUGCCGCCGCUGGCGGCUCCGAUGACGCCGUCCUUGGUGUACAGGCCUCGCGUGGCGUCGAGUGCGCUGACGCCUGCGGAGCGCAACGGCAUCAUUGCCGGCGUCGUGCUGCUUGUUGUCGCGUCGAUUGCAGCUGUUGGGCUGCUCCUGUACUGCUGCAUGGACAACCGGGACAACGACGCGGCGCCGAAGGACGGUGACGAGCCGGUGACGCUGGUCUUCACGGACAUCGAGAGCAGCACUGCGCUGUGGGCCGUGCUGCCGCAGCUGAUGGCUGACGCGAUUGUGGCGCACCACCGCGUGAUCCGGCAGCUGAUCGCGAAGCACGGGUGCUACGAGGUGAAGACGGUCGGCGACUCGUUCAUGAUUGCGUGCAAGAGCGCGCACAGCGCUGUGAGGCUUGCGUGCGAGAUCCAGACGAAGCUGCUGGGGCACGACUGGGGGACGGUGUCCAUCGACGCUGCGUACCGCGAGUUCGAGCUUGCGCGCGCGGACGCUGAUGACGACUACGUGCCGCCGACUGCGCGGCUGAGCGAGGAGGAGUACGCCGCGGUGUGGUGCGGGCUGCGCGUGCGUGUGGGGGUCCACACCGGGCUGUGCGACAUCCGGUACGACGAGGUGACGAAGGGGUACGACUACUACGGCGACACGCCGAACAUGGCUGCGCGCACGGAGGCUGUUGCGAAUGGCGGGCAGGUUGUCGCGACGGAGACGGCGUGGUGGGCGCUGUCGAACGAGGAGCGCGCGGGUGCUGCGCACACCGCGAUGGGACGGCAGGGGCUGCGCGGUGUGCCGUUCGCGGUGGAGAUGUUCCAGAUGGACGCUGUGCCUGGGCGCCGUCACGCUGCGCUGCGCACGGAGAUCGAGGCGAUCCUGCCGGACGAGACGGGGACGGAGACGGCCUCGAGUGCUGCUGGUGCGCUGCUGUCGUCUGUGGGCACGAUGAGCGGCCCUGCUGCUGGCAUCGCCUUGGUGCUGACGAGCUGCUUUGCGCCGUACCCCGUAGCGCAGCGCGUGCGCGAGCUGCAGCCGCUGCUGAGCAAGUGGGGCGUUGGUGCGCCGCCGCGGAGCCGUGCUGUGAGCGAGGAGGACUACUGGCAGGGGCUGAUGAACCGCCUAGCGCUUCGGAUUGCGACGGUGUCGCAGGCCCGCCAGCGGAUGGGCAACGGCGGGGCCGUGGUGGCGGGCGACAUGCCGGACGUUGGCGCUGGUGGGGCGCUGAACCCGCUUGUGGGCGGGGGUGGCUGUGGCGCGGGCGGCGCGGCGCCGCGGCCUUCGGGGAUGACAGCGCCGCCGCGCUCCGAGGAGCCGUCCGCGAUGCGUGAGUCACGCUUGUUCCGGAGGGCGCCGCUGGGGGUGCUUCCGGCCUCGAGGGCGCCGGCGAGCAAGAAGGAGAGCUGCAGCGCGAGCACGAUUGGGUGGCGGGAUGACGUGAUGCCGUUCACCGGUCCCGCGUCACGGCGCGCAUCAGAGGAGCGCAAUGCGCGCAGGGCGAGCGGGAGCAUGUCUGACGAGGUGAUCGUCGUGCGAAUGCCGAGGGGCCUCGGGUGGCCCCGCCACCCCAACAUGGUGGAGCCGUGUUCGGGGCAUGCGGGCGGUGAGGCUAGCCUGGAGUAG